GACUCUAGAUCUAGGCGCCGCUACGCUAGGUGCAAAGCAUUCAAAAACUCAGAUGUAGAAAGAUGCAUAUGUGUUUCUCCUUUUGCGCACAUUCAUCCUUUUUAUCAUUUGGAAAAGGUCAUUAUGACAGCGAUGUCCAUACAUUGACAGUGGCUGGUGUAUAGUAAGCAGCAGCCAAUCAACAUGGCUCUUAUAUUUGGAGUAGGAACUGGCCUCUUUGUUCUAGCUAUACUAUGGGCUCUUGCCAUUCUGCUCUGCGCUGUCUUCUCAAGGGCUGAUAAAUUGAGAGGUGCAUCAUUUGGGCUAGUAUUCCUGGUGAUCAUCAUCACGCUCAUCCUUGUCUUCAUCCCCAGAGAAGAUUCAAUCCCUCAACCAUCAGAUAUCAGGAUUACGGAUCAGACCUUUAUCCCUCGUGUGUUGAUGUUAACGCUGUUUGGACUCUUUGCCUUUCUCUCACUCAUCUUCAUGUUUUCACUUCAUUGGACAGAGCCAAUACAUGCCAAGCCCAUCAAGAGCAAACGAUUUUAAAGCCCCCCCUGCACUACUUAUAGCUACUUGGGCCCUCUAUACAGCCAACAAUGCCCUAAGCAGUACUCGUUGAUCCCCCAUGAUGCCCUUUUUCUUAUGUUAACUGAGAGCUGAUUUGAUGAGAUAACCACCUGCCAGUGACCUUGCAGGGAGGUCCUAUCCCUCCAUGCCAAAUUAGUGCAAAGGGGCUUUAAGCACUUUUAAGUUUUUACCAACCUCUGGAUGAAGGACGUUUUCAUUAAUAUUUGGCAUCAGCUGUGCCUGGGAGGGGAAAAGCAAGCUGAGUCACUGUAACCCUCAGGGGGGUGUUUCACAAAACUUGUUAUCAGUGACAAAUGACUGUUUUUGUUAUAAGCUACUGAAAUCCUUGCUUCUGAUUGGUUAUCUGCAGAUUUUUCACUUUUUUUUGUCAUUUGAUAUUGCCAAAAGGCUUUGUGAAACAGGUCCCUGGUCUCUCCUCCCGAUACGAUAUUACCAAUUGGGAUGUGCAGGACUGGCGGAUGCAGGGUGGGGGCGUAAUGGGCACGGGCUCCCAACCCUGACCAAAAAAAACAUAUGAAAAACAAAGAUGGUAAUUAACCACAAUUCUACCUUUAAAAAAGAAGAAGAUGGCCUCUACCCCUGGCCAAAAGGAAGAAGAUGGGAACCACAAUUUUACCUUUUUAGUUGUUGCUCAGGGGGGGGGGGGGGGG